CGCAGCUUUCACACUGCCUGAUUUGACGGAGCAAUUUGCACCACCAGAGACAGCCCCGCUGGUCCUCAUCAAGCUGGUGGAGACUAUAGAAAGAAAAGGUCUGGAAUCCCCAGCGUUGUACAGAACCCAGAGUGCUAGCAGUGUGCAAGAGCUCCGCCAAAUCAUUGAAUGUGAUUCAGCUGCAGCUGAUUUUGAGCAUCUCGACUUACCUACUCUGGGUGACGCUUUGAAGAGGUUUCUGUUGGAUCUCCCAAACCCAGUCAUUCCAGCAGCCACUUACAAUGAGAUGCUUUCAGCUGUAAGAGACUCCUUAAACUCUGACGACUAUGCACAACUGCUGAGGAAGAUUAUCCAGUCUGCAAACGUUCCUAAUCAGUACUGGCUCACUCUUCAGUACCUGCUGAGACAUUUCUUUCAGCUGUGUCAAAGCUCCAACAGGAACCCGCUCAGUGCAAAGUUGCUGGCAGAAAUCUUCAGCCCACUUCUCUUCAGAAACCAGCUACUAAGCUCGGAGGGCCCAGAGUACAGUGCUCAGAUUCUGGAAGUUCUCAUAGCGAGUGAAUGGAAUGAACGUCAAGCUGCACCAGCACUGCCACCAAAACCUCCCAAGCCCAGUCCUGUAAUAAACAACGGUACUAAUCACAAUAUGUCUCUGCAAGAUGCUGAAUGGUACUGGGGCGAUAUUUCAAGGGAGGAGGUUAAUGAGAAGCUACGUGAUACCACUGAUGGUACCUUCUUGGUACGAGAUGCAUCUACAAAAAUGCAUGGCGACUACACACGCUUACACUAAGGAAAGGGGGAAAUAACAAACUUAUCAAAAUCUUUCACCGAGAUGGAAAAUAUGGCUUUUCUGAACCAUUUACGUUUAACUCGGUGGUUGAACUCAUUACCCACUACCGAAACGAGUCUUUGGCCCAGUACAACCCAAAGCUGGAUGUUAAGCUCCUGUAUCCAGUAUCCAGGCUACAACAGGAUCAAGUAGUAAAAGAAGACAGUAUAGAAGCUGUUGGAAAGAAGUUACAUGAGUAUAACUUGCAAUUCCAAGAGAAAAAUCAAGAGUAUGAUAGACUGUACGAGGACUACACCAGGACAUCUCAGGAAAUUCAAAUGAAAAGAACAGCCAUUGAAGCAUUUAAUGAAACCAUUAAAAUAUUUGAAGAACAAUGUCAAACGCAAGAGAAGUACAGCAAGGAGUACAUAGACAAAUUUCGCCGUGAGGGGAAUGAUAAGGAAAUUCAGAGGAUCUUGCACAAUUAUGAGAAGCUGAAGUCCCGAAUCAGUGAAAUCGUUGACAGUAAACGUAGACUUGAAGAAGACCUAAAGAAGCAGGCUGCAGAAUACCGCGAGAUUGACAAACGUAUGAAUAGCAUUAAGCCCGAUCUCAUACAGUUGAGGAAGACCAGAGACCAGUACUUAAUGUGGUUGACACAAAAAGGUGUUCGACAGAAGAAGCUAAACGAGUGGCUGGGCAACGAGAACACAGAAGAUCAGUACUCCACGGUGGAAGAUGAGGACUUGCCUCACCACGAUGAAAGAACAUGGAACGUAGGAAACAUUAACAGAAGUCAAGCCGAGAAUCUUUUACGCGGAAAGCGUGAUGGUACAUUCCUUGUGCGAGAGAGCAGCAAACAAGGGUGCUAUGCCUGCUCUGUAGUAGCGGAUGGGGAGGUCAAGCACUGUGUCAUAAACAAGACCCUUACUGGCUAUGGAUUUGCAGAACCAUACAACUUGUAUAAUUCUUUGAAAGAACUGGUGCUACAUUACCAACAUACGUCACUUGUACAGCACAAUGACUCUCUGAACGUCACACUAGCAUAUCCAGUAUAUGCACAGCAAAGGCGAUGA